CCAGUGGACUGGGCGGAUGCCAAGCCCACUUUGUCUGAUGGGGAAGUUGAGAAGGGGGUUCACCCACGACGACGCAAUGGCGAUGCGGGCAGCAGAGGCACUAGGCGGGGUUGUGUGGGUUGGCUAUUCAAGCCAUUUGUCUUCGUUGUGUAGUUCUGUGAUGUGUAUAAAUCUAUCAGAUAAUCCCCGAUUUCUUCCACGGUCCCUUGCCUUUCUCUGUCGUCAGUACCGUGCUCAACUCAACCCACACCCCUGAAAUCCAAACACGCCUGAAGACAACUCGUGGCUUUUGUUCUAUCCACUUCCCAAACUGCUCUCUCUUCCACACCCACUAUCCCCGCAAACCCGCAAUGUCAGCCGUCCAGCAGAACCUCGAGGCGGCCUCGGCCCGCUAUUCCGCCUCCUUCACCCAGGGCAGCCUCGCCCUGCCCCCGGCCAAGAAGUACCUCGUCCUCACCUGCAUGAACGCGCGCAUCGACCCGGCCCCGGCCUUUGGCAUCGAGCUGGGCGACGCCCACGUCAUUCGCAAUGCCGGCGCUUCAGCCGAGGACGCGCUCCGGUCCAUCGUCAUCAGCCAGCAGCUGCUCGGCACGACCGAGAUCGUGCUGGUCAAGCACACCGGCUGUGGCAUGCUGACGUUCCGGAACGAGGGCGCGUACAAGAUUGUUGAGGACAAGCUCGGUCCCCCGGUGGUCGAGGAACUCCGCCAGAGAAAGCUUGAUUUCCUGCCGUUUCCGGACUUGGAGAAGGCGGUCGAGGCCGAUGUCGCGUUCCUCAGGGCGUCGAAACUGGUGCCGGACUCGGUUGUCAUCAGUGGCUGGGUCUACGAGGUCGAGACGGGGAAGACGAGGCGGGUAGUGUGAGUCAGUCUCUUCCGGGGUGUGUCCGAGCUAAUUACUGCCGCUCAUGGGUCGUAAUGGGACGUAUGCAUAUUUGGAGCGUUCAG